AUGGCUAGUCCUCCCGUUCUAGCUUUCGAUGCCGAGGGCCGUCCAGUGAAGUUUGAAACCUGGCUAGAUGACCUGCACCUGUUCCUACAGCUCACUGCCAAGGAAGAUAUCUCACUGUACGACCACGCCCUAGGCCAUGCCACUGCCCCUGACUCUUCUGCUAACAGCACUCUGGGUUCCCAGUGGCAGACCCGUGAUGCGCACGCUCGCUUUGCUAUUCGCAACUCCCUGCCGCUAGACGAGCGCGAGCACUUCGGCCAGUGCAAGACUGCUAAGGACCUCUACACCACUGUAGUUGCCCGCUACUCCUCACCCGCUUCUGCCACGCUAGGCCGCCUCACUCUCCCCUACCUGUUCCCCGACCUAGCCUCCUUUCACACUGUCGCAGACCUCAUCACCCACCUUAAGACUAGUGAGGCCCGCUUUCGCGCUGCUAUGCCUGCCGAGUUUCUCACUAGCAACCCCCCCCCGCUCUGGAUCACCCUCUACCACAUCGUCACCCGCCUCCCUGACUCUCUGCGCGCAGUCAGGGACCACUUCCUCUCUCGCUCCCCCACUGAGCUCACUGUUGCCCUCCUCGAGAAGGAACUGCUUGCAGCUGAGGCGAGCAUCGUCGCUGUAGGCACCUCUCGUGGCGACCCCCGCACCCCGUUCUUUGAGGGGUGUUCCCCUUCCCCCCUCCUCCCCUCUGUCGCUCAGCUGCUGCUGUCGACCUUCUUGGUGCUGAGAAGGUCGGGACCGCGUCUGCUUCGAGAGGGUGCCGCAGGAACAAGGGGGGCAGGGGUGGGUAGCGGCGGAGAGGUGGGGGUGGAGGCGGUGGGAGUGGAGGCGCGGCUGGGGAGACUAGUGGCGGCAGUGGGGGAGGAGACAGCAGCGGUGGGAGUGGUGCGGAGCGGCAGCGGAGGCGGAGGUGGUCGUGGCGGCGGCAGGGGUGGAGGUGGCCGGGGCGGCGGCGGUGGGGGUGGUGGUCGUGGAGGCACUGGCGGAGGGCAGAGUCAGCAGCCCGCCCCGACGCUUCAGGCCGCCCGUGAGUGGUAUGCGCAGCGUGGCUUUACCUGCACGUACGUCAUUCGCACAGGUGACCGCAGCGGCCAGCAGUGUGGGAGGCCGCACCCCACGCAGCGCUGCUUCGCGCGCCUUACCGACGCGUGGCGCACUCAGUUUCCUGCUGCCACUGAGCUGCCACGCUGGGCUGAUCUGGAAAAGAGGGGUGUUGAUAUUUGGGCUUUAGACUUUGAUGCUAUUCUCACUGCCAUGUAUGCCAUGUCUAUUAGUGGAGAGGGUGCUCAGUACUUGCGUGUUCCGCCCGACCCGGGCAUUCAGGCCAGUCCGACUGCCGCUCUAGGUGCUAGUGCGUCUGCUCCCACAGGUCCGGGUGAGGCUGCAGCCCUAGGUGCUAGUGCGUCCGUGCCCCCUGGUACUGAGUCGACUGCAGCACUGCACACCUUCACACUGGACUCAGGUGCUUCUCGCUCCUUCUUUCGUGACCGCACUGUCCUUGAGCCACUCGCUCGGCCAGUUGCUGUCUCCCUUGCUGACCCCUCUGGGGGUCCGGUCAUUGCGACCUCCUCCACUGUCCUUCCUUGUCCGGCGGUCCCGUCCGGCACGCUGUCAGGUCUCUACCUCCCUUCGUUCUCUACGAACUUGGUGGCAGGUAGUGCGCUCCAGGACGGGGGUGUUCACCAGUUCACCCCCGCCUACGAGCGCGUGACACACUGCACGUGUGCUCGGACGGGUCGCCACCUGGCUACCUUCACUCGGGAGCCGGGGUCGGACCUUUACACACUGACCACUGAGUCCCCUCAGGUAGCUGCGUCCGCGUCUGCGUCUGCGUCAGGUCAGCUGUCGGCCCCCUGCUCGUGUCGCUCUCUGGCGCAUGAGACUGUCCUUUGGCACCACCGCCUUGGUCACCCGUCUGUGCAGCGCCUUCGGACCAUGCACAAACGGACUUGUUGCUGGUCUCCAGGAUCUCGUCUCCAGCUCAGUGAGCGUUUCCGCUCCGACUUCCCUGUCCUGCGUCUGCACUCUGACAGAGGUGGGGAGUUUUCCUCUGGCCUCUUGGAGGCCUUCUGUCAGCAGGAGGGCAUUGAGCAGUCGUACACGCUUCCGGCCUCUCCACAGCAGAAUGGAGUUGCUGAGCGCGCAGUGUCCGAUACGCUGCGCAUCAGCUCAACCUCUGGCCCCGUGUCUCCUUGCCCGAGACUUCUCCGACACUGCGUUGGACGGGAGAGGCUGGCGAUGCGUCGCAUUUUCGGGUCUGGGAUCCGAGCUUUUGUCCGCGACACGUCCGCGGACAAGCUCUCCCGUCGCGCUGUCCCCUGCGUCUUCCUUGGCUUUGUCCCGGACGCCCCUGGCUGGCAGUUCUACCACCCCACCUCGCGUCGUGUCUUGGCCUCUCAGGACGUCACUUUUGACGAGUCCGUCCCCUACUACCACCUCUUCCCUACCCCCUACCGCAACUGCCCCGCUCCCCCCCCACCUCUCUUCCUCGCUCCAGGUGCUGAGGUACCAGACCCCCUCCCCCCUCAGGGUGCCGCUCCCUCAGGUGUGUCCCAGGUAGACCCGGGUGAGCCUGUCGAGGUAGCUGUUGACUCUCGUCCUGCUAGGGGUGCUGAGUCUGGGGGUGCUGCGUCUGGAGGUGCUGAGCCUGGGAGUGCUGAGUCUGGGGGUGCGGAGCCUGGAGGUGCCUGGAGUCUUCGGAGUGGUGCUCCUGGUGCUGCGGACCCUGGGGGUGGCGCUGCUGCUGGUACUGAGGACCCGGACGUUGGAGCUGCUGCUGGUGCUGAGGACUCGGACGUUGGAGCUGCUGCUGGAGCUGAGGACCCGAGCGGUGGCGCUGCUGCUGCUGCUGAGGACCCGGGCGUUGGAGCUACUACUGGUGCUGAGGACCCGGCCGGUGGAGCUGCUGCUGGUGCUGUGGACCCGGACGCUGGAGCUCCUACUGGUACUGAGGACCGGAGCUGGAGUCUCUGCUUCUGGAGACGCUGCGCGGCCGCGACCUCACUGUUACCGCCUACCUCGCCUCUCCCUGCUCCCUCUCCUUACACUGGUCCCACAGGAGGUCUUACAAAGCGUCGUGAGCCUGAGUCUCGUCCUGCGUCGCCUGUUCGUCCUGCUCGCACUGGUAGUCGUGUCCGUCGUGAGCGUCCUCCUCCUGUCCCAGGCACUCACUACAUGACUCUGCGUCCUUCUACUGCUCCUCAGCGUGUCCCUCUACCGUCUCCUCCUGCGUCCUCUUUGCCUGAUGUUCCGGACCCUGAGUCUGACCGGUAUCGUGCUGAGCACCCUACUGUCACGUGUCUCCUCGCUACUGUUGUCACUGACCCUACCUUUGAGUCCUCGGCUGCGUCUGCUCUGGUCGCUGAGCUGGUUGACUUUGCUGCUGCCUGUCGUCUAGACUACGCUGCUAGCCUUGUUGCUGAGUCUGAGUCUGAGUCUGUCUGUCCUCCGUCCGUCGGGGUUGCCCCUGAGGGAGACUCGGAUGCACCAGACAUCCCGACCCCGCGCACUUACGCUGAGGCGAUGGCGGGUCCCUACUCCUCUCAGUGGCAGACAGCCAUGGACGCCGAGAUGGCUUCCUGGAAGUCCACACGCACCUACGUCGACAAGGUUCCCCCUCCUGGGGCGAACAUCGUCAGUGGCAUGUGGAUUUUCAGGGUGAAGCGGCCGCCGGGUUCUCCGCUUGUCUUCAAGGCGCGUUACGUGGCUCGAGGCUUCAGUCAGCGAGAGGGAGUUGACUUCUUCCAGACAUUCUCCCCCACCCCGAAGAUGACUACUCUUCGGGUGCUGCUACACAUAGCCGCUCAUCGCGACUACGAGCUUCACUCACUUGACUUCAGCACUGCUUUCUUGCAGGGCAGCCUGCACGAGGAGAUCUGGCUGCGCCGCCUACCUGGCUUCACUGGGUCGUUUCCUCCUGGUACCCAGUGGAGGCUUCAGCGGCCGGUCUACGGUCUCCGCCAGGCUCCGCGUGAGUGGCACGACACACUGAGGACUACACUUGCGGCUCUUGGGUUCGCGCCUUCUACAGCUGACCCGUCGCUGUUCCUGCGCACCGACACUUCGCUGCCGCUGUCGCCGUUCUACAUCCUCGUGUACGUCGACGACUUGGUCUUUGCCACCGCUGACACUGCAGGACUCGCCUACGUGAAGUCGGAGCUGCAGAGGAGACACACGUGCACAGACCUGGUUACACAUGGUGCAGCAGGUCCUUCAGCGCUUUGGCUUCACGUACUCUCUCUCGUCCUCUCGCCUCAGUCCACUCCUCUGCCUACCGGUCACUCGCUCUCAGCUCUGCCUUCGGAUGAGUCUGUAGAGCCGAGUGGCCCGUAUCCAGAGCUUGUGGGCUGCCUCAUGUACCUGAUGACCUGCACUCGACCUGACCUUGCAUACCCUCUUAGCAUCCUUGCACCGAUGUCGCUCCUGGCCGUCACAGGAAGGAGCACAUGGAUGCCGCUAAGAGGGUGUUGCGCUACUUGUGCAUUUCUUGGCGCUCUAUGGCGCUCUUCUUCUCUGUUCUCGGCUCCAGUUUGCGAGGCUGAGAUCUACGCUACAGCCAUGGCUGCCCAGGAGCUACGCUGGCUGACCUACCUGCUGACCGACCUCGGAGAGCGGCCUCGUUCUCCUCCAGUACUGUACGUCGACAACAAGGCUGCCAUUGCCUUGUGUGAGGAGCACAUACUGGAGCACAGAACGAAGCACAUCGCCCUGCGGUACUUCCUUGCUCGUGAGCUGCAGCAGCGCGGUCAGCUUUGUAUUCGCUACGUGGCCACUGAGGCCAACACUGCUGAUGUGUUCACCAAGGCGCUUCAGCCUCGUGACCAUCAGCGCUUCUGCACUCUACUAGGCCUGGCCUGUGGGCUACUGGACUCCUUACUUACCUCUUGA